GCGAAUUGGUCAAUAUGCAAAGUCUACUGUGUGAAUGUUGUAUGCAUAUCCGCUAUCCAGUCUUUAUAUAGAGAUCAGUGGGGUUAGGGCGUAGCUGCGACAGUGGACAGAGAACCUUGUUAGUCCAAGACCUGCGUCCUUUGUAAGCCGCAGCGACAACAUGGAUACAACUGAAGCAACACCGUUUGACUGGUACUGCAGUGCCAAUGCCACAGAGAAUCUUGCCAGUUUCACCUUUGACCUGAACCACACCCUGUACAAUGCCUGCUUUGUGGACCUCGUCUACACCUUACCACACCUCAUCUUCAUCUUGCUGGGCGUCCUGGUGCUCUUUGUUCUGAGAUGCUGCACCAGCAUCCGCAAGGAGCAACACCCUUACCUCGUCCAGUUCCCCGGCCACAACAUCCGCUGGGUUCUCAACUUCGUCCUCCUCUCUCUAACUGUAUGUGAGCUUGGAGAGGGCAUCCUAACAGACAUUGACGUCUACCAAGACACGUCCACCAUCCCCCGCCUCUAUGUCCCCGCCCUCCUCUCCCUAACCGCAGCCCUGUUAACAAUGAUCUACUACAACCAGAUGGAGUUGUGGAGCAGACCGCACAUGUCCUGGCUCCUCCUGCUCUACUGGCUGACCGCACUCGGAGUGGAGAUCAUCCGGUUCCUCAAUCUGAACCAUGAUGAAGAUGUCAAUAAUUCAAUCUUCCGAUAUGAUCUUAAUAUUGCUGCCAUCGUCAUGUACUUCCUCUAUCUGAUGCUGGAAGUUUGGGUUAUCAUAUCAAAGAUCUGCAAGUGUUGCUGUGAGGAGGAGGAGUUUCCCGAAGACCUGAAGAAGGAGGACAUGUACUAUCUACAAGGCUACACCAGCCUGCUGUCCUCGGCAUUCUACUGGUGGCUCAACUGGAUCUUCAAGAAAGGUUUCAAGCAAGCUUUGGAGCUAACUGACCUGGGCAGUCUGUCUGAGGUCCACACCACGCAGUAUCAGAGGGAUGCCUUCACUAGGGCACUCAAGAAAGAACAGGCCCGAGCCAAAGCCAACGAGACAUCCCUCAGUCUGUAUCGUGUCUACGCCCGAGCCUUUGGCUUCCGUAUCAUGAUUGGUGGCUUCGUCAAGUUUGCCGGUGACGCAGCCACCUUAGUACCGCCCCUCGCUCUCGCAGGAGCCAUCAGAUACGUCACCACUCUCUACUAUCAGCAGGGGGAGGGUAGUCUCGUCGAUCAGACAAAGUACGUCUCAGUGACAGAUUUCUUGAGUAACGGCUUUGUGUUGAUCAUCAUCAUUUUCUGGUCCAACAUCAUCAAGCUGUUAUCCCAGCAGGGCCACUAUCACAUUGUCAUCACUGAGUCUGCUCACAUCAAGGCAUCGCUACAGGCGGCAAUAUACGACAAAUCGCUACGUCUCUCCAGUUACACGAUGACAGGGGGCGAUAUGACCAUGGGCCAGAUCACCAAUCAUAUGUCGGUCGACACUUCCAAUGUUAUGAACUCGACGCAAUGGGUCCACUAUGUCUGGUCCGUACCAUUUGUGAUCAUCGGCUACAUGGUGAUUCUGUACUUUGAGUUAGGAUCCGCUGCCCUGAUUGGCUGUCUAGUCUUCUUCAUUACCGUACCGAUCCAGGUCGUCAUAGCGAGGAAGACUGCCAAAUACCAGAAAACAAUAAUGGAAAAAUCUGACGAGCGUCUGAAGCUAACCAAUGAGUUGCUGCAAGGAAUUAAGCUGAUCAAGCUGUAUGGGUGGGAAGACAUGUUCUAUACCUCCAUCAGCAAAGUACGAGCCUUGGAGAUCUUGACCAUGAUGAAGGCGAUGGGAUGGAGAAUUCUGCUCAUGACUGUUACUAAUGCCAGCCCUCUGAUAGUUACACUUGUGUCGUAUGGCCUGUACACCAAACUGUCGGGCAAGCCCUUGACGUCGGACGUUGCGUUUGCUGCCCUCGCUGUCUUCAACCAAAUGGCGCUACCGCUCAUCAUCAUGCCUAACGUUCUUGUCGUGCACAUCAACGCCAUGGUCAGCACCAAGCGCCUGAGGGCGUUCUUCGAGGCGCUGGAGAUUGAGAAAUUGGAAUCGGAUGAGGAGGGUACGGAGAUGGAAGUUGACCGAGGACUCGUCAAUGAAAAGGUUGCCAAGCAACGGAGAGCAGAGGACAGACAGCCAUUACUGACAUUAGCUGUGCAUCCGGCCAGCUUACCAGACAAUAUUGCAAUAAGGAUCAGCGGUGAUUAUACAUGGGACCAGACUGCAAGUACGCCAACCCUCAGAAAUAUCGAUUUGGAUAUCCCAGCUGGCAAGUUGACUAUGGUAGUGGGUCAGGUAGGAUCAGGCAAGUCUUCCUUACUGUCUGCUAUCCUGGGAGAGAUGACCACAGUCUCAGGAAGAGUCCAAUGGAACAGGCAGUAUGAUUCCGUCGCUUAUGGAGCUCAGAAGGCCUGGCUGUUAAAUGCUUCCCUCGAAGAGAACAUUCUUUUUGGAAACAAACUUGAAGAAGACAGGUACAAGAAAGUCAUUGCUGCCUGCUCCCUGCAGCCAGAUAUUGACAUCCUCCCAGGAGGAGAUGAAACAGAGAUUGGUGAGAAGGGAAUCAAUCUGAGUGGAGGACAGAAGCAACGAGUCAGCGUGGGUCGCACCAUGUACAGCCACAACAAUGUCGUCAUUCUGGAUGAUCCCUUGUCCGCCUUGGACAUGCACGUUGGCAGUCAUCUCUUCAAGGAAGGCAUUGAGGACUACUUGAUGAGGAAGAGUAAACGCACAGUCGUCUUGGUUACUCAUCAGUUGCAGUAUGCUGACAAGGCUGAUAAGAUUGUGUACAUGAAAGACGGUGUGAUCCGUCACCAGGGAACGCUAGAAGACAUUCGAGAGGAGAACCCAGAGCUUGUAGCCAACUGGUCAGCCACGGCCAACGAAGCCGAGGAAUCCGAAUCAGAAACUGAAGACGUGAAAGAAGAGAGAGCCAAGCUGGUGCGUCAAGUCUCCACUAUCAUGGAGGAAAAGAAGAAGGCAGAGCUAGCCAGAGCGGAUUCGACACAAGCUGGUCGUCUGGUUGAGAAGGAAGAACGAGCUGAAGGCUCUGUCUCCUGGCGAGUCUAUCUGGUCUACAUCAAACACCUGGGCUUUGGGGUCUUCUUUCUUCAACUCCUGCUGCUUCUGGGCAAGAACGGCCUGGGUGUGGGCACCAACUACUGGCUGGCGGGGUGGUCAGAACAUGGGAAUAAUCUCAGCACAUCCCUGAAUGGAUCAGAGGAUGCUUUUCUUGGCUACUACCUGGGUGGCUAUGCAGGCCUGUCUGUAGGCAGUAUCCUAGUUGAAGCUGGUUCCUUCACGCUGAUCUACAUUGGAUCUCUCUUUGCAGCAAAGAAGCUUCAUAACAGCAUGCUCAAUACCAUCAUGAGUGCACCGCUUAGGUUCUUUGACACUACCCCAAUUGGGCGAAUUCUCAAUCGGUUCUCCUCUGACAUGUCGGUCAUUGACUCGCAACUUGGAGAGUCUCUGAAUGGUUUCUUGAUUUUUUCGUUGGCCUGCCUUGUGGCUGUGCUGGUGGACGCUAUCGUGACCUGGUACUUCGUCGUCGCGUUGAUCCCCAUCGUGUGUUUUUACCUCCUACUGGUGAAAGUCUUCAUUACAACAUCCAGGGAGUUGCAGCGUCUUGACAGCAUCAAUAAGUCUCCAGUCUAUGCACACUUCUCUGAAUCUCUGGGAGGAUUGUCAACCAUCAGAGCCUACAGGCAGCAGCAUCGCUUCCAGAAACUCAUCAUCCAAAAGAUUGAGUUGAGUAACCUGACUUUCCUGUACAUAAAUACAGGGAACAGGUGGUUGGGGACCAGACUGGAACUCAUUGGAGCGGCCAUCGUGUUAUUUGCCGGUCUUGCAACCAUGAUCUCGGCCCUCUCAGGUGGCCUCCAGCCUAGCUUGGUGGGACUAGCAAUAACAUACGCUCUCAGUAUUUCGAGCCAGUUGAACUGGGUGAUCCGGAUGUCAGCUAGCCUGGAGAUGCAGAUGAAUGCCAUGGAACGAGUGGAGUACUACAAGUCUGUCAAGAAAGAGGAGUAUGACGGUGUGAUUGAGCCACGCCAUGAUUGGCCAGAUCAGGGUGAGAUUGUCUACAAGGGUGUCUCAGCCCGAUAUGCUUCAGAUCUUGAUCCUGUGCUCCAUGGUAUUGAUAUUCACUUCAAGGCAGGAGAAAAGAUCGGGAUUUGUGGUCGGACUGGAAGCGGUAAAUCAUCACUGACCCUGACCCUCUUUAGGAUCAUCCAGACAUUUAAAGGGCAAAUCUUGAUAGACGGGGUGAACAUUGCCCACCUGCCGUUGGUGGAAGUCAGACGUCGUCUGGCCAUCAUUCCACAGGACCCCGUACUCUUCACUGGCACUAUCAGGUUUAACCUUGAUGCUCAGGGCGAGCAUGAUGAUGAUGCAUUAUGGGAAGCCCUGGAGAUUGCGCAACUAAAAGAUGUGGUGUCUGAGCUCGACCUCAAACUGGAUGCCAUGGUAACGGAGGGAGGUGAGAAUUUCAGCGUGGGUCAGAGGCAGCUGUUUUGCUUGGCUCGUGCCUUCUUGAGGAAGACUCGCAUCCUGGUCAUGGAUGAGGCAACCGCCUCCAUCGACUUGGAAACCGAUGCCAUUCUUCAAGACAUUGUAACCUGUGCCUUCAAGGAGAGGACUGUACUCACCAUAGCUCAUCGUGUGCAAACCAUCCUGGACUCGGACCACAUCUUGGUUCUGAAUGAGGGCAGAAUUGCAGAAUAUGAUACGCCAAAGAAUCUACUAGCCCAGGAAGAUAGUAUCUUUGCUUCCCUGGUGAAGGCCGGAACUUAAGAAGGUGGUUUGCAUCGUGAAGAUGGUCCUCAAGACGAGCCAUCGCUUUAGUGCUAACGCUUUCUUAGUUGUAGAAAAUAAGGACGGAUAGCACAUUUUGUGCUUUGCAUGCUGCAGAGGACUGUGUUCAGGCUAUCAAAUUAUGAAAAUAAUCAAUUUGGAGAUGUGUGCUUUAAUUUGGAGAAGACCAAAUAAUGUUUCAAUUUCUUGCCGAUGGUUUAGACUUAUCCAACAGUCAAAGAAGACAUUAUUGAGAUGGUAAUAUGAAAGAAAAGUUUAUAUUACUCUUUUCAUGUUCAAAAGCUAUGUUAUAUUACGGUUUUUUCAUGGUGUUCGUAAGCGCAUGACUUGUGCACAGGCUGUACGUAUAAACUUGGUGCUUCUGCAACCAAAAGGUUUGUUUUUUUAAUUAUGUGCGCAACUCCAAUUAAGAAUCAAGUUGCUAUAGUUUCUUUGAACGUAACAAAAGUAUUGAUGAGUAUUCCUAAAAUUGUCUGAGCUUCUUGUAUUCCUAAAAUUGUAUUCCUAAAAUUGUCUGAGCUUCUUGUGGGGCACACAGCUAACCCAAACCUUUUUCUUUAGAUCCAUUAAUGAAUUGGACAAAUUGAUGUAAAAGGUCUGCUCAAGGACACAAGCUUCACCCUCACAGUCGUUUGAAACACUUUGAUGUCUCAUAAGAACACAAUAUGUAGCGAGGCUCUGGACUGCCAAAAGGUUUUUAUUUUAGGGAAAAGCAGCUAAUGAAUAUAGUCAAUUUUAGUUUUGUUGGUAGCAGUAGUGAUGUUUCUAAAACACAACUAGAGGUAUAUGUCUGUUUAAGAACAGAACGUAGGGCUUUUCUGCAUUAUGAUUUUUUUAUGAGUUUAUUUUUUGGGGGCGAUGUGCAGUCUUUUUAAUGAUAAUUUUUUGUACAAAAUGC